UUUACUAGUGGGUGUCCAUGAGCGGGACACUGGCGCUCUAAGGGCAAGGGUUAGGGUGGCGGAGCGACCCGUAUAAAAGUGCAGCCUCCUACCCUCUGAGCCAGUCGAUCCAGUAGCCGCGUCUUGGAGUGCUGAGGAAGACCACGACGGCAAACAUGAACUUUUUGGUAGCUAUGUGCCUGUUGGCGGCGGGCGUCAGCGCCCAGUACGGGGAGUCUGGCAUCGUGUAUCCUGACGGCAGGCUGGUGCAGUUCACCCGCGAAGAGGCCGACAACAUCGCCGCCGUCGGGGAGGCGGGCGUCGUCAAGCAUGACGGAACCCAUAUCCAGUUUGACCGCGAUUUUGCCGCCCAUCAUGCUGGCACCCCCGCCGCACCCGCGCCCGUGCCCGUCCCACAGGAGGCUCAGGGUCCCUACGGCUACUCUGGUAUCGUGUACCCUGACGGCAACAACGUGCAGUUCACCCCAGAGCAAGCCGAUGAGAUCGUUCUUGUCGGGCCCUCCGGUGUCGUCAAGGCCGGCGGCAAGAACGUGCAGCUGAACAGCGACGGUCUGCCCUCCCGCAGAAAGCGUUCCCCCUCCCAGGUGCUGUUCACAGGCCCCUCCGGCGUCCUCUUCAAGGACGGCCAGAAAAGGCACCUGCCUGUUGGUGCUGAGAUCGUAGUGGAGGGCCCCUCCGGCGCCGUCCUCACCAACGGUGACAACGUCCAGUACCGCAAGAAGCGUGCCACCCCCGUAGUUGGCGAGUCUGGAAUCAUCACUUCAGGCGGAAGGCAGAUUCAGCUUCCUCUUGGAGUCAAAAUCCUCAUUCAGGGAGACACUGGCGUCCUCCUCUCCAACGGCGAGGCCCUGCAGCUCUACGACUAAUCUAAUCACCUGUACUUGACACCAUCACCCUUUCCUUACAGCGAAAUAUUGUAAACAAAUCUCCCGACCUCUUCUUCCUACGAGGCUUCUUGUCGCCGCUGGCACAUGCUGCCAAAAGUCAUGGAUAUCGAUAUAUACUCAAUUAAACAUAAUAACUAAUA